AUGACAAUUCCUCCUUCCAGUGGAGCCAUGACUAAUACUUUGUGUGCACUGUGCAUCAUGGAACUCUUUAUGAAAAGAGACAAGAAAAAGAUCCUUUUUCUUAAACUUUUGAAACUUAAGACCUUGUCUAAAAUCCAAGAAUAUCAGAAUGGUGCAGAUUCACUCUACAGAAAUAGUUUCAGCCUCAGUGAUGAGAAGCUUAACUCUCCAACUGCAUCUACUCCAAGCUUGCCAUCUCCAUCAGUAACUCCAUGUAAAGCAAAGCUUGGAGACACAAAAGAACUGGAAGAAUUCAUUGCUGAUCUUGACAGGACACUAGCAAGUAUGUGAAAUGAAUCUUUGGCAUUGUGCUUGCCUGUCAAUGUCCUCUGAAGAAGUGACAUCAGUCACUGAGAACUGCUGCCCUUGUCUGAUAACUUUGCUACCCCAGAUAUUCACCUUCUGAACAUUACCUUCAUAAACUCCUACAAGUAUUUAACUGGCAACAUCAGUUUUGUUACUUUGCAGCAGAUGGAAUAAGACAGCUUAAAUAUUGCAGCUGUAUUUUUCUUUAAAAUAUAGCUUCAUUUUUAAUUUAAAGUUGCUUUUAUGAAUAUAUUUGUAAUUUUAUAUAGUUGAGAACUUGUAAUGCUUUUUUCCAUUAUAAUAUAUUUUU